CCAUAGCAACAUCGGUGAAAGUUAAAGGCAGUGAGUCCUCAGAAGACGCAGUUCGUGCUUUGCGAGUUUUAGAAAGAAACACACAAACCGUCCACAACACAACAGCAGCAAUGGCUUUGGAGCGUCAAGUUCGCAUGAAGAUCGCCGGCAAGCGUGACCUGGAGAAGGACAAGGAGGCACAGUACUGGGUGGAGGAGGUGCUCGGCGAGAAGUUCCCGGCCGGCGUCCUGUACGAGGAUGCGCUCCGCGACGGGCUGAUCCUGUGCAAGCUGAUCAACAAGCUGGAACCGGGCGCGGUCGCGAAGAUCAACACGUCCGGUGGCCAGUUUAAGAUGAUGGAGAACAUCAAUCUGUUCCAGCAGGCGAUCAAGAAGUACGGCGUGCCGGACCUGGACGUAUUCCAGACGGUCGAUCUGUACGAGAAGAAGGACAUAGCGCAGGUCACGAGCACCAUCUUCGCCCUCGGACGUGCGUGCUACAAACAUCCCGACUUCAAGGGCCCGUUCCUCGGACCGAAACCGGCGGACGAGUGCAAGCGCAACUUCACCGACGAGCAGCUGAACGCCGGCCAGGCCAUCAUCGGGCUGCAGGCGGGCACGAACAAGGGUGCCACGCAGGCCGGCCAGAACAUUGGCGCCGGUCGUAAAAUUAUUCUCGGAAAGUAAACGCGCACACCACAGGGCGGGCCCCGCCGGAGGUUCCGGAAACAUGUGUACAAAAAUCAGCACACACACACACAUAUACUACAUAAACGCACAAACACAGAAACAUAUUUACCCCGCGACCUACAUUACAUAAGCUGAGCUGAUCCCGAUCUGAUCCCCAAUGAUGGUUAACUCCCACCCCGCGUGUAGCAAGUUCCUGAUCCUUCCUUCCAAACCAAACAAACGACUACGUUAGCGAGUGUGUAAGAUACUGGUGGAGGCGGAAGUGUGAGAAGAAGAAAAGUAGGUAGGACGACGAUGUCGGGAAAGUUCGAGAUUCCAGCGCAAACAGAUUGUCGCACUCGAUUCGAGAAACGCGUCGCGGAAACACUGGUAUUACUUGAAGGCGCCUACGACUUUAUACCUUAUACCGUGGAUUUAUUGAGCAAGCGUUUGACCGAAGGGCGAGAUUUUUUGUAAGGGAAAACAAUUCGUUGAUAAUUUAUUUGUAAUAAAAUUAAUACUAUUUCUAUAAAAAAAA